AAGUAUUGCGCCGUGCCGUCCCGUAAGCUAUUAGUGUCGCGUCUCUUGUGAUAGCUAACCAGUCUGGUUCAGUCUGAAGCCGAGGAAGGUUCGUGUCGUGAAAGUGCCUCAUAACAAAACAUAAAAUCGAUACGCACAACACUCGUAACAACAACUACAAUAAUAAAAACAAGGGUGUCCAACAUGGAAAUGAAACCCAUCUCGCAGAAGAAACGGGUCUCGGCCGACCUGUCGGCCCUUGCCGCUAAUGGAUGUGACGAACUUGGGCAGAAUGGCCAUGGUGGUGAAAGUGAGACCACCCCGAAAGAAACCCUGAAGCCCGGAUCGAAGAUUCGUCCGGUCGUCACCGAGGAGGAAGUCCGGAAGCUGCUGGAGCGGUUGUACGGUAUCAUAGUGCUCGAGAUGGGCGAGAUGGAUUCGUACGAUGAUAAGAACUUUCUCAUACAGGCCGAUACAUUGAUCAAAAAUCCCAUCCUCAAGACGUAUUGCCCCAAUGGGUAUGUGCUGAAGGUGGCCAACACUCUGGACUCGGAAGAUGAGGCGUUUUUUGAAGGACAAACGGAAAUAAUGCAUCUGCUGCAGGCUCAGCACAUCAUCUGUCCGGUGCCGGUGCAGAACAUCUUCGGAAAGUAUCAAUCCCUGGAGAAGAUAGGCGACGGCAAGCACAUUGUUCGACUGUUGGAGUAUGUUCCUGGAAAGGUGUUCCAUGGAGUUCCGCACACCGAUCGACUGUUCUACGAGGCGGGGACGUUCAUCGCGCAGAUCGAUUCCGCUUUGAAGACCAUCAGACACCAGGGUAUCCUGAAGCGACAGUCUAUUUGGAUGCUGGAUAACGUUCCACAGCUGAAGGAUUUCCUGUACGUGAUCAAGGAUGAACACCACAAGGACAUCAUCGAGCAAGUGUUGGAGGCUUUCGAAAAGCGCAUCGUGCCAAAUUUGGCUCAGUUUGAUAAAGGUGUGAUCUAUGGCGAUUUCAACGAGCACAACAUCAUAGUCAGUCGAAAGGACGAGCAUGCGAAGGAAUAUGAAAUCAGCGGAAUCAUAGAUUUUGGAGACAGUUGCUACUCGCUGUACGUGUUCGAGCUGGCCAUCGCUAUGGCUUAUAUGAUGCUGGAGUCCAACGAUCUGGACACGGGUGGCUUGGUGAUGGCCGGAUACAGCAUGCUCAGGGUGAUCCCUCAGCAUGAGAAGGACGUGCUGCGGGUGGCAAUUGCGGCUCGUUUGUGUCAAAGUUUGGUCCUGGGCCUGUACACGUCCACGGUGGACGAAUCCAAUCAGUACAUCCUGUCGACUCAAGCCCGCGGGUGGAAGAUCCUCGAGGCACUGUGGGCCGAGAAGGAUAAAGACAUCCUGGAACGAUGGGAAAAGGUGGCCGAUGAAUAUCUGACUCGAAGUUAGGUAAAUGCGCAACGCAAAGAUUUCCAAAUGUUUUAACGCACAACAAAAAGUGUCCUUACGCGGAUGACGAAGCAAUUGAAACUACGAUACGUAUUCAGUAGAGUGGUAGAAUGAAACUGAGAUCAAUUAAAUUAGUAGAAGUAGAGUUUAGGAUUCAAGGAUAUUUUUGACUUUGUUCCAUCCUCAUUCACAUUAUUGUAAGUUUUACCUAUAUUAUAAGCAAUUAGCAUUUCAAUAAAGCUCGAUUUGUUUUAGCCAAAGAAA